AAUCAGGUCCUUUCCUAUCAUACUCUUAUGCUUGCUCUCCCAAAAUCCUUUCUCUCUAUGGCAUCUGCAACACGUUUAGUGCACUGCGAGCUGCGGUCGGCGAGGCCCGCGGUUCGGGCGAGGGAACCGGCCGGUCCGGUUCAGGUUACGAUCCCGAAAUCCAAAGCGGCGGAGGCGGAAGGCGCGAACAUCGUUUUGCAGCCACGUUUGUGCACUCUGAGAUCCUACGGUUCGGAUCGAGCGGGGGUUCUGAUCAAGACCCGCAAGGAGGGUGACGAUGAUGACGUGUCCCCCUUCUUCGCCGCUCUUUCCGACUAUAUUGAGAGCUCUAAGAAAAGUCAUGAUUUUGAGAUCAUCUCUGGUCGUCUAGCUAUGAUGGUGUUUGCAGCGACGGUGACAAUGGAAAUGGUGACAGGAAACUCUAUGUUCAGAAAGAUGGACAUUGAAGGAAUCACAGAGGCUGGUGGGGUGUGUUUGGGUGCAGUAACUUGUGCAGCACUCUUUGCAUGGUUCUCCAGUGCUCGAAACAGAGUUGGUCGAAUCUUCACCGUCAGCUGCAACGCAUUCAUCGAUUCCGUAAUUGACCAAAUCGUAGAUGGUUUGUUCUAUGAAGGCGACGACCCUACUGAUUGGCCCGAUGAACCGUGAUCAAAUAUACCAUUCUUACCAUUUUACACACUUUGCAGAUUUAAUGUGUCUAAAAACCAUAGACACAGUUAGACUAAGAUGUAAUAUUAAAUAAUAUUUAGAAAUAUAUAAGCAGAGGAAGAAUACUAAAAGUGAUGUCAUCCCGAUGCAGAAGAAAAAAUAGUAAAAUAAAUAAAUGAUGCGCACCAUAGAUUUGUUGAACCUAAAUGGAUUAUGUAAAGUGUAAACGAUUGUGUCUCACUUUCUUAUUUACAUGUGUUUUUUUUUUUUUCUUUAUCAAAUCCCUCUAAUUAUGUGA